AUGCUGGUGCAAGUGUUGGGGGUGAAGGAGAGUGGUGAUCUGAAGGAAGGGUUUGGGUUCUCUGUGCAGCAUCUUCUCUCCGGGGGGCUGGAGAAGGAGCAUGCAGAGGGGAGGAGGGGAGCUGAAGGGAAGGCUGCAGAGAAAGCGCAGGGGAAGGGGAAGGGGAGAGGGUCGGCUGAGGAGAAGGGUGUUGAGAAAACACAGGGGAAGGGGAAGGGGAGAAGGCGGGCUGGGGAGAAGGGUGCUGAAGAGAUGCAUGGGAAGGGCAAGGGCAUAUGGGAGGCGUCACGUGGGAAGGACGACGGGAGACACGGAGAGGACGAGACAGAGGGCAAGGACCCUCCUCAUGACACGUCUGAAGUAGUAAGGGGCGGCCGGCAUGCAAAAGAAGAAGGAUCCAAUGCAGUAGGCAAAGAAAGUGGUGAGGAAGUCAUGCAACGCAUGGCGCGUGGGGUACUUGAAGCAGAAGGGAACAGCAGGAGUGCAAGGAGGAAAGUUGCCAAGGCAGUCGAGCAAGGAGGGUGGGUAGAAGGCAUGCAGAGCAGAGCGCGUGAGAGAGCUGAAGCACGUCAAACCGUCGAGCAGAGAGCAACGAUGCUACCGCCGUUUAGAAGGAAGCUUCCUAUCGUUCGCUGCCGGGCAGAUGUGGACUUCCUGUUGGGGUUCGCGGGGUAUAUCGUGGACCCGCCCACGUGCACCCAGUGCAGCAUCUGCUUCGCAGAAUUCAUGCAUUCUGUGUGCAUCGCUGCUCUUAUCGCCAACUUUGCCUACCGCUUCGUCAGCCAUCUGUUCUCCCGCGUGCUCUCAGUCUUCCCGCCAUCCUCCCGUGGCUUUGACGGUGUCUUUGAGUGCUUGGACUUCCCACCGCACCUGCCCAGGCCACUAAACCUGCAUAUGCUGCUGAGGCGAGCCGAGCAGGUGCCUCUGUACUUUCUCAUUCGCAUGGCAGUGUGGUUCGCAGAUUUUCUUUUGGGGAUGGGUGAUGAGUUUGAGGAGGAAUACAGUGUUAGAGGGCGGGCGGGGCGGUCCAAGGUGCAAGGCCGCUGGGAUGAUGAGGCAGAUCGGGAGAACGGUGGGGAGGUGUGGGAGGAGGUGCAGAUGUGGUAUCCGCAGCAAUUGCUGCAUGGAAGUUCAAUGCGGGGAGCGAGGGAGAGAGCGAGGAGUGUAGAGGCGGCAAGAAUGGAGAGAGAAUGGCAGAGGAGUGGGACAUUACGUGGGUUUUUGAGGCAGCAAUCGCACCGAGGUACUGUGAGGGGUUGCAGGGGCAGCGUGGGUCUGCCAAGGGGAGCAGCAGCACUGCCAGCAGCAGCAGUACUGCCAGCAGCACUGCCAGCAGCAGCAGCAGCAGCAGCAGCAGCAAUGGUGCUUCGAGGGUUGGCAGCAGCAGGUCUAACAAGCGGAUUGGCAAGCAGGGAGAUGCUGCUGGGGGAGCCCUGCUACCGCCCUGCCUCCCCUCCCAUCCCUGCCGGUUCUUCUGCCCCUGCUGCUGUGAGCACCCAUGCUGCUGCUGCUGCUGCUGCUGCUGCUGCUGCUGCUGCUGCUGCUGCUGCUGCUGCUGCUGCUGCUGCUGCUUCUCCUUCAGAUGUGUAA